UCUUAUUCAAAAUUUAUUCAGUUGUUAUAAACAUUUUGGUGUACUUUUCUGAUUGUCUGAAUAUAGGGUUUAAAAAUCGGUCGAGUAAUUAUAGGAUAUUUUUAAGUUUCCUGGUAAAGUUUUAUAUUUCCCGGUAAAGUUCUUUGUAAUAAUUUUUAUUUCACAGAGGUGUUUUCGUUGAUACUGGGUUACCAUUAGUUCGACGGAAAAAUCAAGUCAUUCAGUUUGAAGUGUAGGCUCACAAAAAUCAAUCCUAUGAAAAGCUGAAUGGUGUGGAUGUUUGUCAGCGAUUCCCAUCCGAUUUAGGAUUUUGUCGGGUCUGAAAUGGGAUUAAGAGAAAUCCUAUUACUGGGGGCAGUAGGCGUCUCCAUCUAUUUGUACAUCAUAUUUAAGACCUCUCGACGCAAUAAUAAUCAUAUAAAAACAAAGAGCAGGCAUUCACAGUCACAAACGGAAAGAGUUGACAAGACAUCGUCUGAUACUGACGAUAGCUGCAACAAUGACUCGAAGACGACAGCUGACAGAAGUGUGCAAACAAUCACUAAUGUGGAUUCAUCAUGCAGAUUGGUAACAAAGAGAGCAGAAGAUAAAUGUUCGCAGACAGAACCCCUCACAGAACUUACAGAUGCCUUCCCAAAUGAGUUCUCCAGCAAGAGAGCAGAAGAUAAAUGUUCGCAGACAGAACCCCCCACAGAACUUACAGAUGCCUUCCCAAAUGAGUUCUCCAGCAAGAGAACAAAAGAGAAAUGCUCGCAAACAGAAUCUCCAAAAUACAGCGAAUCCACUCUCCAAAAGGAGUUAAGCAAGGAUGACGUCAUAGAGGGAUAUCCUCCCCCAAAACCACCGGAUGGCACCAAAUCUGAAAUUUUUUCAACUCGAAAAUUUUCCGAAUUGAAACAAAAUGCUCUCAAGGUGAUUCCCAUAACAGAAUUACAGAGUUAUGAAUCUCUGCUAAAUCACCUCUGCGGAAGUUUGAAAUCAGACCUAGAUCGUGUCUACGCAAUUUUCUGUUGGAUUGUUAACCAACGACUACCGGUAAUAAAUGAUGUUAAACAUAUCCCAAACACAGAAUCGCCUGAAAGUUUCCUAUAUCGCAUUGUGCAAAGGAAGGGUACUUUUGCUGAACUUAUGUGUAAAAUGUGCAGACAUAUUAAUAUUCCCUGUGUCGUAAUCCACGGCUUUGAAAAAGAUUUGAGAUAUGAUGGCGAGGCAAUGCAGAGGGAAUAUCAUAAAAAUACAUGGAACGUUGUGUAUUUAGAGAAGAACUGGAGAUUUGUUCACUGUCUCUGGGCAUCAAAAUUGAUAAGGGUAUAUCCUUAUGAAAAACUGGUAGGCGAGCAAAAAGAAAGUUGGUCGAAUAACUUAAUUCCAGCUAUGCAUGAUUUCUAUUUUUUAACCGACCCAUCAAUUUUUAUUUAUAAGUUUCGUCCUUUGGAUGACCGUUGGCAACUUUUAAAUGAGACCGUCAGCCAAGCAAAAUUUGAGUCUCUUUCAUACCUGCAACCAGCUUUCCACAUUCUCAAACUGGAGCUGGUAGAGAGGGAUAUCGAUUGCAUUGUGCAUAUAUCUGAGACCUUUACUUUGAAAAUCAGAAUCCCUCCCCACUGGCUUGGUAAGCUAUUCUUUGAUUACAGAAUAUAUCGCUUGCAAAUAUGUGAAGACGAUUUUGAACAGCCGGACUUGAAGCGGUAUUCUCUCCACUAUAUCAUCGACGAUAUUGCUUUUUUCGAAAUUCGGUUUCCUCCGAUGGCUGUUGGGGAAUACAACCUUCAGAUAUAUUGUAAUGUUCACUCUGAUAACAUGCCGCCAGACCUCGUUUGUAAAUUCAAAAUACUCUGCAAGAAAGGACUGGAUUCCAUAGCUCAUAUCCCCAUCGAUUCUCGAGUUGGAUUUGGUAGUUUUUCAGCGUACCCCAGCAAGCAUGGUGUAGAAGCACUAUCGCACACCAAUGGUCUAUAUCCUUGGGUUGACAACGACAUGGAAUUUAAUUUCACAUGUCCCAAAAGUAGUGAUGCAAAAGCCUUGCUGAAGAAAAUUGGUGGUGAUGAUGACAAAGACUUUGGGAAGUAUGUCAAGACUGAAAAGAAAGACAAUAAUGUUAAGGUUAUUGUGUAUCCCCCCGCUCAGGAACAAGGAGAAUUCGUUUUAAAGAUACUGAUUUCGGAUCCAGAAGCUUCUGAAUUUGUGAAUGUUUAUAACUAUCUGCUAGAGAGAACAGAGUCCCAAAUCCAACGGAAGGCAAGGGAAAACCUGUUGAAGUUACUCAGGAAGGACAAUGUUAAAUCUGCAGAAAUUCAGAAGGCUACAGAAGAAUUCCUAAAUAAUAAGGGGAAGGAUUUGGGGGAGGUAGAAAAAGCUGAACGGAAAAUCCAUCACUUAUCACUUAAAGGAGCUUUAGAAGAAUUGCGAAGAUAUCGCAACCCGCCACUUUCUGUAGUUACUAUUCUGCAUGCAACGUAUAUACUGCUUGGACGGAACGAGAAGGAUAUUUUGGAAUGGAGGCAUCAGAGAAAACUUCUUUGCAAUAUAGAAGUAACCCUGAAUGAUUUUGAAGUAAGGCAUGUUUCAUGCAAGUGUUUAACAACAGUGAAGGAAACAUUGAAAGACAUGGAUCAAACUAAAGCUGAAAAUGCCAGUGCAGCAGCGGCUAAACUUUAUGAGUGGGCAACAAGUGUAAUCCGUAAAAUCGAGGAACAAAACAGUGAAUGAAACUAAAAGUCCAAAUCAGAUACGUGUAUGACAAUUAGGAACGAACUGUUCACACUGUAUAUAUCAGAUAUGUGUAGCUUUUUAAAUUAGUUUUUUAACGUCCAAAUAUAGUUUUCAAAGCC